AUGGUGAUGCUGGCAUCAAGAUUCAUCGACAGGGUGUCGCAAGGUCUCAUAGAUGCUGAUAUAGAAGAGAGCAGCUCCGGGCUCAGAAGAUCCAUCCGUGACAGCUUAAAUAACACCUUUCCGAUUGAAGCUGAGGAAGUAACACCAUCUACUUCUGGAACCGUGGAUCUAACGCCUGUUAAACAGCCUUCACCACCGACUGUCCUCCAGCCUUCCCCACCCUCACCAUCACCCGUUGGACCCCCAACACCUAUUUCUCCUCCAUCUACACCCCCACCUGCAUAUACACCCCCACCAGCAUCACCACCCCCACCAGCAUCACCACCUGUGCAAGUGCCUCCAGUGCAAGCGCUUCCAGUGCCACCUGUUCCUCAACAACCUCAGGUUCAGAGGAGAAGAGGAAACCCUGGAAGGCGAAGUACGAGGCUUGCAAUUUUAAUCGAAUCUAGCAAAAAGUUCCUGAAGAUCGACCCACCAUUCAGUCUUCCCAAAAGAUCGCG